CUGACAAGGCUUCGGUGUGUUUGGCUCGGUGCUUGACAAGUUUCACGGCUAUCAUGGAGGGAGCAAUGGAUACUUUGUGAACGGGAUCUACCGGCGCCCCGGAUGUAGCCUCGCGGAAAGAACCACACAUUCUUUCAGACAUAUAUUUCUAACUAGCAAAGAUUGCGUACAACUGCCCGGACGAAGCAGGAAAGAUGAAUAACAUGUCGUUUGACGACCCUUCGCUGGAUACGCUGGAUGCAGCGCUGUCUCUGAAUGACCCCAGCGAUAUCGACACAGCCCUCCUUAGCGAUAUUGAUGACAUGCUGCAGCUCAUCAACAACCAGGACAUGGAGUUUGGAGGAAUAUUUGACAACCCUCCAUAUUCGACUCCUGUCCCAAAUCAGGAUCUGUCACUUCUCUCUCAGUCUUUGACAUCUGCUUCAUCCUCGUCUGUCGUCACCACGACCCCACCGCCGUCUACUUCAUCGAUUCUAAGCAGCAGCCCACACCUGGAUGCACUCUUGGGCCCCCCCAUCACUCGCAGCUCCUCUACACCAGACAAGGCUUUCCAGCCUCCCACAUUCCAGCAGUCCCCGCUGUCACAGGUGUCAAACUCUGCAUUGAGACUGCAGCCUGUCUCCCCUCCACCUGCACAGAGUCUCAAAACACCCAAGGAACAACCCAAGUCCAUUCCAAGUCAAUCAUCUCCUCCCCAAGCAGCUUCGCCAAAUGCUUCCCCAAAAUCCAACCCGGUAUUCAGCUCUACACCGCAAGCCCUCUUUACGACUACUGCACCCCAGAUCCCCCCACAACCUCAACCACAGAUUACUCUUCAAAACCAAGCUCAGCCGCAGCAAAUCGUGAACACCUACAACGCCAAAAACAACUUCACAGUCACUGUUAGCCAGCCGUCCAUCACCCCGUCAUCAUCUCCUCCAAGUGUUCAGCCAGUUGCCAUCCAGACGACUCUACAAGGAUUAACCAACCCUUCCCCUAUUCUCAACACAUCAGGAAGCCCGCCACCACAAGCGAUUGCACCUCAUAUACAGCAAGUUCCUGUGCUGUUGCAACCCCAGUUUAUCAAAGCUGAGUCUCUCUUGUUGACCACCCUUAAACACGACCCCUGUAUUGUUAGCACCGGAGCCUCGACCACAUCGCUGGCCACUACGUCCCCAGUACAGAGCACGUCGCUGCAGGCUUUCAUGGGCGGUGGCACCAUCCUGACCACUGUCCCCGUUAUGGUGGAUGCAGAGAAGCUACCGAUCAACCGCAUCGCGAUCAGUGGGAAGCCAACUGGCGUGCCCAAGGGGGAGAAACGCACCGCUCACAACGCAAUUGAGAAGCGCUACCGCUCCUCAAUCAAUGAUAAAAUCCUGGAACUUAAAGACCUUGUAGCGGGAACGGAGGCCAAGCUCAACAAGUCUGCUGUUUUGAGGAAAGCCAUUGACUGCAUUCGCUACCUGCAGCAAAGCAAUCAGAAACUGAAACAGGAAAACAUCGCUCUUAAAAUGGCUGCACAAAAAAACAAAACACUGAAAGACCUGGUUGGCAUGGAAGUGGAUGCACCGGCAGAUGUGAAGACUGAGCUCCCCACACCACCAGCAUCCGAUGUGGGCUCCCCGACAUCAUUUUCGCACAGUGACUCUGAACCAGAUAGUCCGAUGGUGGAGGACACUAAGCCCUCUGUGCCCAUGUUGACGACUGGAAGCGGCGCUGGAGGCAUGCUGGAUCGUUCUCGCAUGGCUCUAUGCGCCUUCACCUUCCUCUUCCUGUCUCUCAAUCCUCUGGCUGCUCUGUUUUGCUCCUCCUCCAGCAGCAGUUCAGCAAGCGGUGCAGCCCCUGCCCAUCCGGCAGGCAGGAGUGUUCUGGGCUUGGAUAUUGCUGCUGACUCGUGGGGCUGGAUGGACUGGAUGUUACCUACUCUACUGGUUUGGCUUCUGAAUGGGAUUCUGGUGUCCGGGGUUCUGAUCCGACUGCUUGUGUAUGGAGAACCAGUCACCCGACCACACUCUGGUACUUCAGUCUUGUUCUGGAGGCAUCGAAAGCAGGCGGACCUUGACCUUGCUCGGGGUGAUUUUGCACAGGCCAGUCAGAACUUGUGGACUUGCCUUAAAGCACUCGGGCGACCUUUACCCACAUCUCAGUUGGACUUGGCCUGUGCUGCUCUCUGGUCCCUGCUCAGGUUCUGCCUGCAGCGGGUUUGGAUUGGACGUUGGCUGGCUGCAAGGGCCGGAGGACUGCGCUCUGACCGACCCUUGAAGGAGGACGCGUGUAAAAGCAGCCGGGAUGCUGCCCUGGUGUACCACCGGCUUCAUCAGCUCCACAUGACAGGAAAGCUGAAUGGCAGCCACCUGUCUGCAGUGCACAUGUCACUCAGUGCGGUGAACCUGGCAGAGUGUGCAGGCUCCUGCCUGCCCGUGGCCUCUCUGGCUGAGAUCUACGUUUCUGCUGCGCUCAGAGUCAAAGCCAGUUUACCCAGAGUUCUCCACUUCACAUCUCGCGUGUUUCUGAGCAGUGCCCGUCAAGCCUGCCUCUCAUCCAGUGGGAGUGUUCCCCCAGCGAUGCAGUGGCUCUGUCACCCACUGGGUCACCGCUUCUUUGUUGAUGGGGACUGGGCCAUUCGCAGUACCCCGAAGGAAAGCAUAUACAGCCAAGCUGGCAAUACUGUCGAUCCCCUGGCUCAGGUGACUCAGGCCUUCAGAGAGCACCUCCUGGAAAAGGCUCUGUAUUGCGUGGCUCAACCUCGGGGAGAAAAAAGUCCCAGCAAGGGCGACGGCGAAUAUGCAGAUGCGCUGGAACAUCUCCAACUGCUGAUCAGCGCUUCGGAUGCUGCUGGUGCGACAUCACAGUCCUUUGCCAUCGGCUCCAACAUGGCAACUGUGACCGGCUGCGACCCCCACUCAAAGUGGUGGUCCUCGGUUGCCGUGGUGAUCAUCAACUGGCUGCAAGGCGACGACACCGCUGCCGAGCGGCUGUAUCCGACCGUGGAGCAUCUUCCCAGAACCCUUCAAAGCGCAGAGAGUCUACUGCCCAAGGCGUGUCUGAACACAUUCAGAGCUGUGCGAGCUCUGCUUUCGAAGCCGGAGAACUGCCAGCUGAGUCUGAGCUUCAGCGACAAAGCAAGCAUUCUGCUGCGCGACAGCCUCAACCUGGGGCCGCACAGCCACAGCUCCAGUUUAGACAAGGUUGUCCAGCUGCUGGUGUGUGACCUGCUUUUGGUGAUGAGGACCAACGUGUGGAGGCUGCAGCAGCAGGGAGCCAGUCCUCCGGGGACAGGGUUGACAGGAACGAGUGGUCCUGCAAGCAUCCACCAGGCGUCUCCUCCAGAGCUUCAAGGCUUCCAGCAAGAUCUGAGUUCACUCCGAAAACUGGCACACAGUUUUAGACCUGCCAUGCGAAGAUUAUUCCUUCAUGAAGCGACAGCCCGGCUCAUGGCUGGGGCCAGUCCCACCAGAACACAUCAGCUGCUGGACCGCUCGCUGCGGCGCAGAGCCACACCCGGAGCCAAGACAGAGGAGUGUGAGGUACGGCCCGGCCAGCGGGAGCAGGCGGAGGCAGUGAUGCUGGCGUGUCGCUAUCUCCCCCCCUCCUUCCUGUCAGCUCCCGGCCAAAGGGUGGGCAUGUUGGCAGACGCUGCCCGCACCCUAGAGAAGCUGGGAGACAAGAGGACCCUCCACGACUGCCAGCAAAUGAUCAUUAAGCUGGGGAGCGGCACCACCGUCACCAACAGCUAGACAGACGAGCGAGGGACUGUGAAGCAGCCGUGAACGCUGUAUAUAAUACGACACUGUUGACUCAUGAAAGCAAACAAUCUCAUUUUGGCUUUACGUCAUCACCAACCCAAUAUCAGAAAGGAUCAUAGGAUGUGUGUUGAUGCCCUGCUCUGCCGACGUUUGGCCACCAAGAGGCGCCAUCGCAGCCUCAUGUGAACUGUUUGUGUGGCACAUGAAGCAUGAAAGAUGUGUACUGAAUUAACACAGUACAGUCCCGCCCACCUUAUUCUGAUGUGGAAGCACUUCUGAGAUGGCGCAGUGACUAGGAGCGUUCUGAUUGGCUGCUUCAACAGUUCAUAUUUUGCGAUGACCAAACCCGCUUUGGUCCGACUGUGUUUGUGAAGUGGGCAGCCAUUUUUGCCUCCCCCCCUUCCAGCAACCACAGGUCAUAUCUGCACUAGGCCUGUGAGGCUCAUUUCAAUGGUAACGUUAUAGCUUUAUCAUAUUAUUUUCCUAGAAGUUGUUUUUUUGGUGUGUACAUACUUCAAAAUGUAUUUAUAACCUGUAAAUCUUUUGACGAAUCUUGCUAACAUUUUAUAGUUUUUGGCAAAGGUCCCAAAAAUUCUAGAACUUGUCAAAAUGUAAAUUUAAUAUGUAAUAACGGUUGCAUCUGCUGCAACAGUGUCCAUGUUGGGCAUUGCAACAUUGCGCUAAGGCUCACUUUUGUUGUAUUAUAUUGCUAAAAUGUACACAAUUACAUAGUCAUUGGAGUUCAUUAUAUUUCUAAGAUGAAUUUCAGUCAUUUUAAAGAAACCCUCAGCAGACUUUGAGUUUCAAAAUGUGUGUAUACUGUUUCAAAACCAUUUUUCUAGUUUGAAAGACGGAUCAUCCAUUUGUUCUUUUUUGUCUUUCUAGAAUGUAAAUAUUAAACAUUUUUUAAG